AUGACGUCCCGAAGUGGAAACUAUAUUCUACCAGAAGACGACAAGCGCAUGUCGAAAGCGAAAUCGAAAACAUUUCUAAUUUCAGCUGCCUUCUUUCUAUUGGGCGUUGUUGUGAUCUUAAUACCAGCUUUAGUGCUUAUUUUACGUAAAGUGAAUUGUCCAGAUACGCCUAGUCCUCCGGCACCACCUGGCCCUCCAGCCUGGAAUGGUAGUGAUUACCUAUCGAAUAGUGAUUAUUACAGCCAAUUACCCGGAGGAAAUGCUUUCACUCAAUUGGACAACCUUCGUUUGGAUCGUCUUUCAUCGCCGCGAUUUGAUCCAGUCGAUGGCAAAGCAGUGAUCUAUCUUCGAAGACAAUAUCACAUGCCUGAUUUGAAAGGUUCUUCGACAACUCUGCAUUGGAUUAGUUUAGAAACAAAUAAAUCCGUUCAAUUGACACGACCUAUCUGGGGCACUAGCGAUCAACAAUUCUAUUGGAUUGAUAAGAAAACAAUUCUUUUCUUAUCAAAUCGUGCGUCAUCUGGUCUCAACCAGCUUUUUCAAUUGGACCUCCCCGAUGAUGUAUCCGCACUCGGCAACUUUAUUGAACCAACGCAAAUUACCGACUAUCCACUUGAUAUCGAUAACUUACUAGUGAAUCGUCAAGGAACUCGGCUAGCUUUCAGCUGCCAAGUCUUUUCCAAUUUAACUAUUCGACAAACAGCUGAUCGGUUAGCAGCCAACAAAGCCAGUGGUAGUUUAGUCUAUAAAUUCGAUAAAUUAUUUAUUCGCCAUUGGGAUGAAUAUAUGCUCGGUCCACGUCAUCAUCCGUUCGUUGUGUCAAUUCAACGGCAAGCGAAUGGUAUCAUGAAUUUCACCGAUACACCAGUCGAUGUUCUCUUCAACGUUGAUAGUGAUUCUCCGACACGACCAUUCGGUGAUGGCAAGACUCAAUGGUCGUUUAGCGCGAGUGGAAAGAAAUUUGCAUUCACUCGACAACAUGAUGAAACAAGUGAAGUAGCCUGGUCAACAAAUUUGGACAUAUUCGUCUAUGAUUCAGCGCAGCCGACUGCUCAACCUGCUUGUAUCACAUGCGAUAAUAAAGCAGCUGAUACAGAUCCAUCGUAUUCGCCAACUGAUGAAAAUGUUCUUGUCUAUCGAGCGCAAGCAGUACCUGGUUAUGAAUCAGAUCAAUUCAAACUAAAAUUAUACGAUGGAACUGGCCCAGCGAAAACUUUACUCGAUAAUUGGGAUCGUAGUAUUCAAGCAGUUGCUUGGCCAUUGGAUCAUCAAUCGUUGUAUUUGGAAAUAGGCGAAGAAGCACGAAAUGUAAUUUAUAAAUUUCCUAAUUUUACUUCUCCAUCAUCGCUUCCAACACGCAUAUUAAGCACUGGGUCAUCUCAUGAUGUUAAUAACCAUCCGAUCAACAAUGACAUGUUCGUUUUUGUUCAUGAUAGAAUUUCUGCCCCGCCAAAUAUCUAUCUAUUUUCAUCAGUUGAAUCGGUACGACCCGUGACAAACCAUAAUGAUAAUCUCUUGGCCAAAGUCCGAAUGGGUAAAACCGCCGAAACAUUUAAUUUCACAGGUGCUAACAAUGAAAGUGUAUGGGGAUGGCAUGUAGAAUCCGUCAAUGGUCAGGGUGCAAAAGCUCCAUUAGCUUUUCUUAUCCAUGGUGGUCCACAGAGUAGCUGGUACGAUGCGUGGAGUUACCGUUGGAAUUAUCAGGUCUUUGCCUCAAAAGGCUAUGCUGUUAUUGCCAUCAAUUUUCAUGGUUCGGAUUCCUAUGGUCAAAAAUUUACCGAUAGCAUUACAGGUCAGUACGGUACAUUACCAUUCGAAGAUUUAAAAUUAGGUCUGACUGCUGCUAUAAAUAAAUAUACUUAUAUCGAUGAUAAACGAACCGCUGCAUUGGGCGCUAGUUAUGGCGGAUUUAUGAUCAAUUGGAUUGCUGGUCAUCCAGAGAUGAGUACGCGUUUUAACACGCUUGUUUGCCAUGACGGAUUGUUCGAUAUGCGGGGUAUGGGCUAUUCAACAGAAGAACUAUGGUUUAGUGAACAUGAUGCUGGUGGUUUUACUCCGUAUGAAAAUAGCACUGCUUUCGAACAAUUCAAUCCAGUUAAUCAUGUAGCUAACUGGAGUCAACCGAUGUUAGUUAUUCAUGGCGGUCGAGAUUAUCGUGUGCCUGAUACGCAAGGCAUCAGUGCAUUUACAGCUUUACAACGUCGUAAUAUUCCGAGUCGUAUGUUAUAUUUACCAAAUGAAAAUCACUGGACACUAAAUCCAUUCAAUUCAUUAAUUUGGUAUCAAGAGGUUUUCGACUGGCUGAGUCGUUGGACAAAAUAA